AUCGGGUUUUUCGAUAAAAUCGUGCGUCUGUUUCGUCAAUGGAAUUGAAAAUGAUCUCUAUUGUCAAUAUCGACUUUUUUCGCCUCGCAGUACGCAGUAACAGACGCUUCUCGUUAUUAUAAGUUAACAUUCAGCUGUUCCAACGUCGGAAAAUUACAAGUAUUUUGAAAAAGUUGCUGGAUUAAACGCUCGAGACAAAUCACCCUGCGAGCCAUGUCGAAAAUUCUCAUCGUCUGUUGCGUCGCUCUCAUCGUUUCGGCGAAUUAUGCCGUCACUGCGGACAACUCAGAAACGAACACACUCGAGGCUAAUAAACUUGGAUGCGUCGAAAGCUUAAAAGCGAUGUAUUUAGCAUUAGUGAAACAGGCUCAAAAUGACGUGAAUGAUAAACAGUACAAAGAUCAAGAUAAUAUCCGGAUUGAUGCUGAGGUGCUCAAUGAUAUUAAAACUAAAGGAUUCGCUGUUUUUAAAAAAAUCAUCGCAAUUGUAGAGGGCUUGAAAACAAUGGGCACCAUAGAAGAGAACUCCUACCUUGAUGAUGUUCCGCUAUUCUGUGACGAGGCAGUCACCUCUCAAGUAUUUUCCAUUACCGAAGAGUUGUUGCGUUUGAGUCCAUCAGAAGAUGAUUAACAAGACUUUUUCGUUGAUACGUCGAAGAUUUACGUUCUGAUACCCGCCGAUAUCAGAAGAUCAGAAACUUCGGCAAAUCUAACUCAAAAACAGUCACCUGCGGAUGUCGAGUUGAGUGAACUUGCUGAUAUGAAGAAAUAGAAACUGAAAAGGCGCACAGUAUAUCGUAUAAAUUUAGAAAAAAAAAACACUAAAAAGCAAAUAAAACAUUGUUCUGCACAUUGCAUUUCAAUUUUUGUCAACUCACCGUCUCUCCCAUUCAUGGAUCUUGGUUGGAUUUAGUCAAAGUCCUGAAAAGCCUUCGAUUAUUCAUCCUACGGUUUUUCUAAGAAGAUUCAUAUCGCAUCUCGAAAGGGACGCACUAUUUCCACAAAGACCUUCGUAGUUACCCUAUCAGCGUUCAAUUAAAAAUGAAAUAUUUCUGGAAAUAUUUAUGAAAUAACGGGGAGUAUAAACCAAAAUGAAAAAUUUUAAAAAUUGAUGCAUCACUUUCCGUUAUAAAGACUUUCAGUCGCAGGCAAUGCUCAUUGAGUAAUUAUAUUUGAAAUUAAUUCUUGUCUUUUCUGUUGGGCAGGAUAACUUUUAAAAUGCUGUUUUCUCUAGUUUAUCUCUUCGAAUUCAAAGUAUUCUUGAAAUAUUUAUUUAUGUUAGUAAAAUCUUUAAUGUGAGAGAACAAUCAAUCAACGUGUCUAAUCAUUUGUGCAAUUCUGAUAUGUUAAACGACGUACGAUUCUGAGCAGUUUGUAAAAUUUCAUAUCUAAUAUUAAAUUCUCAU